AUGAAGCAAGAUCGAACUAAACGACGACUGUAUACUGGGCCUUACGACAACCCUGGUCGAACCAGCCGUAUCGACAGUAUGCAGCGCCAUCAAGACCACCUUGGUGAUCGAGGCACCGACGAGGGUCAAGCGACUCUCAAGUCGCUGGUUUCAUCGCUAUGGAGCAAGUUCCGAGGCAACUCGAACAGCAACACACGACAACGUCGCCAUUCGGUGGCUAUCGAGGAGGGUGACACAACAGCGGAAAUCCAGAGACAGCAGCAAGAGAACCAACAUCGGGUCGACAACAACGACACCAACGGCAUCGAGGAUGUCGUUAUUGAAGAGGAUGACGUUGAGGUUGUUGAAGUUGACACGGCCGCCUUUCAGUGGGUCAAUGGAGAUGCUGCAUCCAUCAUUAACGCAUACAAGGCUGCCAUGCUAGAAAAGCAAGAGGUCGGACAACGCCCUGAGCGAAAGCGGCUGGCACUCGGAUCGCCUGAGCGAGAUGCUGAGGAGGAGGAUGAUGAUUAUAUGACUGGAGCUCUUGUUUUGCAUAAGGGAGACCAAUACGACGACCGCAACGACGAACAUUACUACUAUAACAACAAUGACGCGACGUCAAAGAUGCUUUCCAAGUCUACUGCACAGAAGAAACAGCCCAACAGAUACAAGGUGGCUAUAGAGGCUAGAAGAGCGCCUGCCCGAAUCUCCAAGAGACCCAAGUACGUGGAUAGUGAAACUCAGACGUCAUCAGUGCCUAUUUCGCGACGGCUUCCAUGGUCUGUCGAUUUACAAUCACUGCCCCAGGAGCGUAUGUCUCGUCCGGGCUUUUAUUCUGCCAACUUUGAGCUGUCGGAUGAGGAAUCUGAGGAUGAAGUUGAGGCGCAGGGCAACGUGACUGCUGAGGAAAUCGACAAUCUCAACAAACCUCUUCCUUUCGAUCUCAAGGCCACCUUCCUGAAGCAUAGAACCCCGUCCAAACGAGCCCAGAAGACCGACGAGAGCUCCUCACCUGUUUAUACUCUUAACCGUGCUGCCACGAAGGCUACCACUAAACUCGUGGAAGACGCUACCGCCACGGAAUCUGUUGAAGAGCAACCUACAAAGGCCCUACCUGCACCUGAGUCGGUAGCUCCAGCCAUUUUGAGUACUUCUGUUGUCAAACCCAGCGCUGGCUUUGAUUUUGGAGGUAACAAGGACAGGAAGAAUGACGCGGCUGCCAAUAAGCUUGGCGAUGACACAAAGCCGAAGCCGUUUUCGUUUGGUGGGGCAAAGGACGAUGACAAAUCAAAGCCUUCAUUCUCAAUUGGUGCUGGACCAAAGGAUGGCGAUAAACCGUUGCCUUCGUUCUCCUUUGCCGGUUCCAAGGAUGGGGACAAGCCCAAACCUUCAUUUUCGUUUGGUAGGGCCACCGGAGACUCCGACAAGGCGCCUAAACCCUCUGAAAGCAAGCCUUCGUUCUCUUUCGGCUCAUCCAAGUCUGCAGAGGAGAAGCCCAAUUUCUCACUUGGAGCUGAGAAGACCAAGGAAACAAACGAAACAAACACUAAACCGCACGAAACAUCUUUCUCAUUUGGUGCCAAGAAGGACGCAUCGGUAGCAGCACCUUCUUUCUCAUUUGGGGCUAAGCCUGAGGAGAAGAAGCCCGAGGAGAAGAAGCCCGAGGAGAAGAAAGAUGCUCCUUCCUUUUCCUUUGGAUCAAAGCCAGAUUCGGAAAACAAGCCCGCUGCCGCUACGUUCUCGUUUGGAGCUAAGUCUGAUUCUGCACCCAAGCCUCUCACUUUUGGCAGCAAGCCCCUGGAUAAGGGAGACACGAACAAGCCCGCUGCUGAAGAUAAGGCCGCUUCGAAGCCCAUGUUUUCUUUCGGAAGCACCUCCAACACAGCAUCAGGAUCGACAGCAGCGACUACAGAUAGUUCCAAUCCCAGUACUAUCACGUUUGGCGCCAAUGCGCCCGAGGCACCCUCAGCUACUGAGAAGCCCCCAUUCUCAUUUGGCAUCAAAAAUGACACCAAGGACACUUCCACCGAGCCCGCAGCUCCCAAGCCUCUGUUGGGCGGAUUUGGCACUCCCUCUACGCCUUCUGCACUCGGUGGAAAGAGAGCUGCCGACGACGGCGAGCAUACAAGCAAAAAGCCCAUGUUUGGCAGCUCCACUGAAAAGCUAGCAGCUCCAUUUGGAUCAGAUGGCUCUUCAGACAACAAGGACGGGAGCUCGUCUGCACCCAAACCGUUCUCGUUCGGCUCGGGUACUGCUACACCUGUCAGCACAGGUUCUGGAACCUCUGCCCCUGUUGCCUUUGGUAACAACUCCGCGGUCACCACGAAUGGUGGAUCAGACAACAAGCCCUCUUUCUCAUUUGGAGGAGAAGCUCCAGCAUCGUCCAAGCCAAGUUUUUCUUUUGGUGGGGCUGCUGCAACCAACGAUAAGAAGGAGGAAAGCAAGCCCGCAGCAUUCGGCAGUGCUGCUCCCUCGUUUUCCUUUGGAGGUGCCUCCAAGUCAUCGUUUGGUGAGAGUAAGUCUUCGACCGCACAGGCUGCCAAGCCCGCAGCUACAGGAUUCUCCUUUGGAGCGUCUAAAAGCACACCUGCGGCCACUCCUUCCGCUGCCCCCUCGUCUGGGUUCUCAUUCAACAAGCCAUCCAGCGAGAAGCCCAUGUUCGGUGCUUCUUCCACUACAGCUCCUAGCGCCGGUGGCCUGUUUGGAGGAGACGCUUCUUCUACAGGUGCUUCAGCUCCCAGCUCUGGGGGUUUGUUCGGAGGAGCUUCAUCUACCCCCAGCACUGGUGGCCUGUUUGGAAAUUCCAGUAACACGUCCUCCGCUGGCAUGUUUGGAGCCAAGCCCAGUGCUGAGAGUUCAGGAGGCUUCAAAUUUGGCUCCACUACUAAUGCAUUCGGCAGCUCUAACAACGCUGCCUCUAGCUCUGCAGCCACCAACAACGCGACACCGGCAAGUUCUUUUGGUUUUGGAGGAGCCGCCCCCGCACAACCUGCGACCACGGGCUUUGGCUUUGGAGGUGCGCCCUCGAACACUGCAUCCUCUUCUUUCGGCGCUACUGCUCCCGCCACCAACAGCUCUGGCGGUUUCAAUUUUGGCGGUGCAGCUCCUGCAGGUGGAGCAGGCAACUUCAGUUUUGGCGGAAUCGGCAGUGCAGGGUCAGCCGCGAAUACCUUUGGUUUCAACGGAGGUGCUGCUGCCCCAUCGACCCCCGGUACCCCUGCCAACAGCUUUGGUGCGAACACUGCGCCUGCUCCUCAAACUCCCAACUUUGGUUCUCCUGCACCUGUCCAGAACAACAUGUUUGCCCAGGGUUUCGCCCCUGCUGGCGAUGGAUCGGGCAGAAAGAUUGCACCGCUCCGAGCCAGGAAUAGACGACGAUAA